ACUGCGUGCAACACUGGAUGUCCCAGUUUCUGAAAUUCCACGGGUUAGAAUUUGGAAUCCUGACGCCGAGGAGUAAGCGGGAAACAGCGCCACUGGGUGAGAAGAACCGACCAAUCCGGCUCGCUGCAGCUUGACAAGCAGUUUCGACAUCCUAUAAAAAAGGAGGAACGAGGCACUAGGGUGUUCUGAGAUUGAACUAUUGUGUUGACAAUUGGCUACUGGCCUAGGAGGGAAAGGGAGAAAGGAAUGUGGUCCGAGGGGCUACUGGUGGGUUUGGUUACUAGCGCUGCUCUCCUGUUCCUCGUGCUGGCGCUGGUGGUGAGGCAGCUGCUGAAGCAGAAGAGACCGGCUGGCUUUCCGCCUGGUCCGGCGGGGCUCCCUCUCAUCGGCAAUAUCCAUUCCCUGGCCGCGGAGCAGCCUCACGUCUACAUGAAGAGACAAAGUCAGCUGUACGGGGAAAUCUUUAGUCUUGAUCUUGGAGGCAUAUCAGCUAUUGUACUGAAUGGCUAUGAUGCAAUAAAAGAAUGCCUUGUUCAGCAAAAUGAAGUUUUUUCAGAUAGGCCUUCUCUGCCUUUGUUCAAGAAGCUGACAAAAAUGGGAGGUUUACUGAAUGCAAGAUAUGGCAGAGGUUGGACAGAGCAUCGCAAAUUAGCAGUAACUAGCUUUCGAAAUUUUGGAUAUUGUCAAAAGUCCUUUGAAAGCAAAAUAACAGAAGAGUCGGUUAUUUUUCUUGAUGCCGUUGAUACUUACAAAGGCAAGGCUUUUGAUCUAAAGCACUUGAUAACAAAUGCAGUUUCAAACAUUACUAACCUAAUUAUUUUGGGAGAACGGUUUACCUAUGAAGACACUGAAUUUCAGCAUAUGAUAGAAAUAUUCAGUGAAAAUGUUGAAUUGGCUGCCAGCGCUUCAGUGUUUUUAUACAAUGCUUUCCCAUGGAUUGGUAAGUUGCCCUUUGGAAAACAUCAACAACUUUUUAGAAAUGCUGCUGAAGUCUAUACUUUUUUACUCCACCUUAUUCAGCGUUUCUCACAGAAUAGGAAACCUCACGCACCUCGACACUUUGUAGAUGUAUAUUUAGAUGAAAUGGAUAAGAAUAAAAAUGAUCCCGAAUCUGUAUUUUCAAUGGAAAAUUUAAUUUAUUCAGUUGGAGAACUCAUAAUUGCUGGAACAGAAACUACAACAAAUGUUUUAAGAUGGGCAGUCUUGUUUAUGGCUCUUUAUCCUAAUAUUCAAGGACAUGUGCAUAAAGAAAUUGACUUAGUCAUUGGUCCCAACAAAACACCAUGCCUAGAAGAUAAGAACAAAAUGCCAUAUACGGAGGCGGUGCUACAUGAAAUUUUAAGGUUCUGUAAUAUAGUUCCAUUAGGUAUUUUUCAUGCAACUUCUAAGGAUACGGUUGUCCGUGGUUACUCUAUCCCUCAAGGCACUACUGUAAUCACAAAUCUCUAUUCUGUACAUUUUGAUGAAAAAUACUGGAGUAACCCUGAAAUGUUUUGUCCUGAAAGAUUUUUGGACAACUCAGGACAGUUUGUCAAGAAAGAAGCAUUUAUUCCCUUUUCACUAGGACGAAGACACUGCUUAGGAGAGCAACUGGCCAGAAUGGAAAUGUUUUUAUUUUUUACUGCAUUACUUCAAAGAUUUCAUCUACAUUUUCCUAGUGCUUUGGUUCCAAACCUUAAGCCAAAACUUGGCAUGACGCUGCAACCUCAUCCAUACUUCAUUUGUGCAGAGAGACGAUAUUAAAUAUUACUAUGAUGGCCAAAGAGGCAUGGGGAAAUGAUGAGAUGCUACAUACGGUACACAUUCCAUGAUUUUGCCUAAAUGAACUGAUUUCUAGCCUAUUCUUAUAAGAACACCAUCAACAAGCUUUCUGAAAAGCUAAACAGGAAGAAAGGAGUUUUAAAAACUUUCUUGGAGUGAGAAAUGGAGUAAAGUCUAAUCUAAUCUAGUCUGAUAUAAUUUAACUAUUCAAGUCAGGUAAGGGGUGACCUCUACUACCUUUCUUGGAAGGUUGGAACCCAUUAGAAAUCCUGAGUAAACUAAGCAUGACUAGAUAAGCUAAAGUUACUUUAUUGUAAGGUUGCGUUAACAGAAUCUUGCAAGUCUGAAGGUACAAACUUCCAGCCAUCACUUUUAACCAUCUGAUCAAUUAGGGUAGGUCCUUCCUACAUUUUUUUUCCUCUUACCAUUAACCUCCUGAGGGCUCCACCCUCUCCUGUCUGAUUGUUUCUUAGACAGCAUCUUUUUCACUUGUCCCCCAAGGUCAUCCACACAUUCCAUUACACAAACUGAAAACAUCUAACACCUUUAUCAACCUUUCAGUCUUGUUAUCUUGUUACUUCAUUAUCCAAAGAUCAGCUAAUUAAGACUGCUCUCAGAGUGGCUACACCCUCAGCCAAAUAAACCAGUUCAAAUUAUUUCAGACUGUAUAGACCAGGAGUCCCCAACCCCUGGUCCAUGGACCAGUACCGGGCCACGGCAUGCCAGCAACCAGGCCGCACAAACAAGCAAAGCCCCAUCCGUGGGAUGCAGGCAGCACACAAAACCAUGUGCCCUCUGGUCCGCGGAAAAACCUCUCUCCACAGAACUGGUCCCUGCUGCCCAAAAUGUUGGGGACCUCUAGUAUAGACUGUUUCCCUUUUACUCUGAGAAGCUUCAAGUGUACAAGAUCUGUAGACUCUGAUUCUGAACUACCUGGAUGGAACAAGUAAGUGAAUAUGAAGUAUUGGAAGUUAUCCAAGCAUAUGUUGUGCAAGGGGUUCUGAUGCACUCUGAGCUUGGUUGUUUUCUUACGGACCUUUCAUUACUCAAACUAGGUAACAUUAACGGUGCUGGCAGGGAGUGGGGUUUGUUCCCACGUUAUAUUAUAGUGGCCCUGUAAGUGUUGUUGGGAGUGGUCUGGGUAGUUCUUACUGUUAGCUUGUUUGGCAGUUCCUUGAUAGGGGUAUUACCAUGCUCUCAAUAUAAAUUGAAACCACACCCCAUUCCUUACUAACAUUGAAGUUAUCUAGUUUGGGUAAUGAAAUGUCUUCAAGAAAGCAACUAAGCUCAGAGAGCACAAAGGACCCCUCGUUUCAACCCUGAGCUACAAAUAUUCUCCUUUAUUAGUAGUAUAUCCUGUAUGCCUAUCUUUUUUUUAUGUUGAUGCUCUCCUAUUAAAAACACUAUAAUACAACUAGUUAACUGUUAAAGAUAAAAUGGCAAUAAUGUUCGUAAUCUUGCAGCUUGGACUUCUUUCAAAAAUAAAAGAAAGAAUUAUUUUAUAUGGGGUAUUUAUUAAAUACAUAUAAAGGAGUAUUAGAAGGAAGAGUAAUUUCUUAUGAGACUGCAUUUUAAAUAUAUCACAAUGUAUCUCACUCCCUUUUUGUAAAAUGAAGCAAUAAAUUGUAGAAGAAAAUACUGUCGACAAAUUUAAUGAUUGGUUGAAAUACCAUUAAAGCAUGUGUGUGUGGUUUUUUUUAUUGCUUGUGCUUCACCAAAAGAAAAAAAAAGUGAAAGAAGAAAAUUUGAGGAAAAGUAUGACAUUUUUAGCAUAUGUGCAAGACGUCUAAAUUAUAUGAAGUUCUUUUGAGUAUUAGAAUUCAAUUUUCUCUAUGCACCUGAUAGGUAAUAUUCAUUUAUAAUAAAAAGCAAAGAUACUGGAACUGGGGGAAAGAAAUGCUGAUUUUUCAGUUGAAACAAUUAUUCUAUAGUAUCAUGGUUGCUCUUUCCCUGAAAUGAGAAAAUGGCACUUCUAACUUGCCAUGGGUUUAUCCAAAAAAGAAAAGAAGCAAGUGAGAUCUUCCAGUGACAAAACAUGCCUUCUUUCUUAUCCCAUUCCUUCAGAAUAUUGUCUUGCAUAAACACACUCCCAACAGUCCACCAGGCAUCUCUCUUUUAGAAAAUGGGAGAAAAUUAUUUUCUGCCCAAGCAAUCAAAUAGGAUGACUUGACUGCACAUUAGAAAGUUUGAUUUGGUGCCAGUUUUUCAUUUUUUAAUGUGUUUAGUUUUAAUCUGGUUAUUAUGUUUUAACUUUUGGUGAGUAGCCAUCCAGCGUUUUAAAUGCUGUAAACAAACAAAAUAAA